AUGGAAAAUUCACAAAACACCAAUCUUCAAACUCCUAAACCCACAAAGCUAUUCCAUCAUCACCUAGAAGAAGAAAAUGAAGAAGAAGAAGAAGCACUCUCUCUCCGAGAUCUUCCUCUCAACGCCGAGAAACCCAAUUUCACCGCCACCACAAGCACCACCGACGACCAUUGUCAACCGGAUCUUUUUGAGUUUCUCACCUCAACCUCCUACGACGUUUCUCCGGCAGAAAACAUAAUCUUCUGCGGAAAAAUAAUCCCUUUAAACUACCAAAAUGCUCUCUUUUCGCCUCCCGAACACAUUAGUCCCACGAUUCGCGCAAGAUCCGAGUCUUUAUCCGCUUUACAAGGCAAUAAACUUAACCGUCCCGUUUCACGUGACAAUGCCGGACCCAUGAGGACAAGCCGUUCUUUAGAUUAUCGCAAGCUCACACGUGGUCCAACCAGUCCAACCACCGUGCAUUCUCCAUCGGGAAAUGUUUCUCCGGCCAAAAGCACGGUGAAGCCUGAAAUGGCGACGUCUGGAAGUGGCAAAAGUGUUAGACCGAGAUGGUACGUGAUCAUGUUUGGAAUGGUCAAGUUUCCGCCGGCGAUCGAGCUAAAGGAUAUAAAGAGCCGUCAGAUUCGUCGGAAUGUUCCACCGGUUAUGUUUCCGUCUCCUGCUAACCGGAUGUCUCGUAGAUCUCGAUCCCCGUCACCGUCUCCUUCUUGGAGGUUGCUCAACGCUUUAAGUUGCAAGGAACCUACAAGCGUAGCUGCCACGGCACCAUUUUGGGUGCCCCAUGCGUAA